AUGGUCGCGUCGACGAUCGUUUCGCCUUCUUUUCCGUCGGGCUUGGACCUGGCUGCUGCCACAUUGUCUGCGGCCACUACAACCAAAUCUUCGUCUGCUCCAACUCCGGCUUCGCUGGCUCUCGACCUCGAUGUCAUCAUCCUGGGCGUCGUUGCGCUCUUCAUCCUAUUCGCAUUGCCUGGCGCAGUGACCCGAUCCCUUCAUCGCUCGGAGUGGAGCGAAGGCCACCUCUUUCGCUCGGUCGUCGUCAAAGCCCUACGCCAUUCUUUUGUUUUGAACCCGAAGCUUUCGCUCGUGGCGCCCACUUACACCGGGCAGAGUUCUCGCGCCGAGAAAGGUGCUCUUCAGUCUGAUGAGAGCAACACAUACACUUCGCACGCGCACCUCGUCCGCGACCCUUACAGCGGUGGUGGCCGGCGGCGCAAGUUGGACCCCCCGGCCCAUAUGCCUUCGUGGUCCACUAUGCUCCCUGGUGUCACCUCUAUCUUCAAGAUCGCCAUACGCCCUGGCUUGUCGGUCGGUAAGGCCGUGAUACUUGCUCUGUAUUUCGGCCUUGUGGUCGGUUUUGGUUUAUAUCGUUCAAACCCAUUUGUGGACUUCAACCAGUCGGCCUAUAUUGCGACAAGUCAGAUUCCUGUGGUCAUCAUCCUUGCGGCGAAGAACAAUAUGCUGGGAGCGAUGAUGGGCUACGGUUACGAGAAGCUCAAUUACCUGCAUCGCUUUGCCGGCUAUCUGUUUGUUCUCGGCGUGAACGUCCACGCUAUCGGAUAUUUUUACAAGUGGUCUCUAGCAGGGACACUGCUUAAGGAUCUUGCGGAUCCCACCAUCGCUUGGGGGUUUGCCGCCCUUCUUGCUGCGGACAUUCUCGUCCUUUUCUCAUUCAAAUUCAUUCGGGACAAAUUUUUUCCUUUCUUCUUGGCAUCGCACGUCAUCUGCGCAGUCGUGCUUCUGGUAGCGACAUACUUACACGAGCAGUUCCUAUGGCCGUAUAUUGCGGUUGCGGCGGCUUAUUACGGCCUUGAUCGGAUAAUGCGCAUCGUCAAGACGCGUUAUUCGACUGCGCGUCUGCUUGUGCUCUCAGAUCUCAACAUGGUCCGCGUCGAGAUCCCCUCCAUCAAUGCAGGUUGGCGUGCGGGACAGCAUCUGCGUAUCCGGGUGUUGUCCACCGGGAUGGGUUGGUUUGGGUGGGCGGAGAAUCACCCAUUUACGAUCGCCAGCGUCAGCAGAAGCCCUGGUGAAGAAGGCCUCGUGCUGCUAUGCAAGAAAGCGGGUGACUGGACUGGUCGACUCGUCGAGCUUGCCAAACGCGCAGAGCAUAGUGAGGCUUGUGAGGUUCACACGAGGGUGAAAGUUCUGGUGGAAGGUCCAUAUGGCGGACAUGGUCAUGCGAUCCUCCCCAGCUAUUCUGGAGCCAUGCUCGUUGCAGGUGGUAGCGGUAUUACCUAUGCCCUGUCUACAGCGCAGGAGCUCAUGCAGAAGGAGGCGGAGGGUUCCAGCCGCGUGAAGGUAGUUGAACUCGUCUGGAGCGUUCCGGAUCCUGUAUGUUUGGAACCGCUUCUGCCCCUAUUUUCGAGCAUGCUUGCGCAGGCCCAGUCGUCCACGACGUCCUUGCGCAUCUCGGUGUUCUAUACGCGGGCGCCAACAUCCCCGGAUGCCUUCAAGGCAUUCCAUUCGCUUCCGCAGGGUCUCACGCUUGCUCCUGGCCGUCCGCGCCUGUCGAAGAUCCUCGACAGCGUCAUGGACAGAACGAUCUCGCACGUCGGCAAGGGUCACAAGUGCACCGGGGUCGCUUUGGGCGUUUGCGGCCCCCUGGAGUUGGCAGAAGAGGUGACGUCGACCGCGCGGUCUGUCCAUGCUGACAAACGUCAGGCUAUGGGGGGUGUAGAGGUGCAUGCAGAGGUUUUUUGA